AUGAUGGCGCACAGAGCUGCCCACCCGGCUGCUGCGACUGAUACCCCGUCGCCAGCCACUGACGCAACUCAUUUCCCAACAACUGCGGCUCCUGCAGCCAACCCUGGUUCUGGCCCUCCCGCAAAACCUCUUCUCCCGCCAAGCAGUCCGACCACCACUGAGAACCGUGUUCCCGAUACCUAUGCUCGGCUCGCGUCCUCGUUUUCUUCUUUUCUCGCCGUGAGCAUGCAUCAAAUCCUGUUUCUUCGCUCUGUCUAUCCGCCAGCCACUUUUCUUCCCGUCCGUCAAUAUAACCACCCCGUCAAACAGUCGCGCCACCCUGGCGUCUGUUCCUGGAUCAACGACGCGUGUUCAUUCGUCGAAGCCGCACUGAUAAAAUCUUCAAUCUCGGCUGCAUCAUUCGUCAUAGUCUCCGAAAGGACAAACCGGCCAUUGGAACGGUAUACUUUCGACUUUUCCCAGAUACCGCAGGUGGAGUCGACAGACAUCCAUACGCUAUUUGCGAGCGCUGUCGCUGCUAAAACUGGCAAUAUCGAGAAAUUUGAUAUCUUCCAAAAAUCCGCAAAUGCUGCCCAGUCUAUUCCCAAGUCUGUCCCAUCAACGGCCACCGUUGACACGGAGGCUCAAUUUCGAGGUGUCCUCGCACGAUUGGCGUCGGCGUGUGCAAGGCUGACUCCGCUUCCGCAGCAUGAAGAAUAUCGCCCCGCGCUUUUCGUCAUAUUACGCCCCAAUGCAGAACCCCCUGCUGGUAUAACAGCGGAGGAACAGUGGUGGAUUCCAACUGAACCCAACGGCCUUUCUACCGUGCCCACCGAAUCGGUGAAUGGGGACUUCCCAGAACGAAAAUCUUUUGGAAAUAGCAAUUCUAAGGGCCUAAACGAAAACAACAAGAGGCCCUGCCCCAAUAGCCCAAAGACCCCCAGUAAUGGCACUCCCAACAAUUGCAAACGCUCAAGAGCGCAAACCGUCCCUGUUCGCAGGGUUGAUGCUGGAGAGAUGCAGCUGGAGGUGUGGGCGGAAGAAGCGUAUGGGAAAUUCGAAAUUCUGGACCGCCUUAAUACCGGAUAA